CUGGAUUGACCUUGAACUCGCACUCAUUGUCAAGAUAAGAAGCAAAAUCAAGCUAUCAAUGAAACAAAAAUGGUCGAGAAUCUAAUUCGCCGACACCGAUAGCCGGUAUCGAAAGCGACGUUGUCGUUGGUUAUUGAAUCCCCAUCACCAUCAGUCACUUCGCGACCGCUGUUAAACUCGCUCUACCUCUUCGACUUAGAGCGGGAAAAUGAUGUGUUCGACGGAAAAUGGGGACCAGCAGCAGUGUUACCUGGUGCUGGAAAACGGGGCAGUGUUUCCCGGAAAAGCUUUCGGCGCCAGAAAGCCCGUCGACGGCGAAAUCGUUUUUCAGACAGGAAUGGUGGGAUAUCCGGAAUCUCUGACUGACCCAAGUUACCAUGCGCAAAUACUUGUCUUAACUUAUCCUAUCAUCGGAAAUUAUGGAGUCCCGGGGAAAGCUACCGAUGAACAUGGAAUUCCAUAUUUCUUCGAAUCGCACCGUAUUUGGGCCGCAGCUCUUGUUGUUGGUGAACACUGUGAUCACCCUAGUCAUUGGCGAAAAACAAAAACGCUGGCACAAUGGAUGGCAGAAGAACAAGUUCCCGGCAUACAGGGUGUCGACACCAGAAUGCUGACAAAAAUGAUCAGAGAAAAAGGAUCGAUGCUCGGGAAAAUAAUAUAUUCUCUACCUCUAACUGAUGAUACGGCGAAAAUCAGUGAUCCGAAUCUUCGGAAUCUGGUGGAUGAGGUUUCAAUUAAGGCUCCCAAAACGUACAAUCCAAAAGGCAGUCCAAGAAUCUGUGCGAUAGACUGUGGCUUGAAAUACAAUCAACUACGUUGCUUUAUUAAUAGAGGAGCUCGUGUAGAUUUAGUCCCAUGGAACCACAAAUUGAACGUCAACGAAUUCGACGGUUUGUUCCUCAGCAACGGUCCGGGAAAUCCGGAAAUGUGCCUGAAGACGAUCGAGAAUAUCAGAAACGUAAUGAAUAGCGGUCAAGUUAAGCCAAUUUUCGGGAUUUGUUUGGGACAUCAGCUGCUGUCUAUGGCAAUCGGAUGUUCCAGUUAUAAAAUGAAAUAUGGAAACAGAGGUCACAACCAGCCGUGCAUCCACUAUGCCACACUGAGAUGCAACAUGACGUCGCAGAAUCACGGUUUCGCAAUAAACACCGAAACAUUACCGGAAGGUUGGAUAGAACUGUUUACUAAUGCCAACGAUAAGACAAAUGAAGGCAUAGCCCACAAAUCGUUGCCGUAUUUUAGCGUUCAGUUUCAUCCGGAACAUAUGGCUGGACCUUGGGAUAUGGAGGUCCUGUUUGACCUGUACCUCGAGGUCAUCAGCAAAUACAAAAGUACAAAAGUAAGCAUCAAUGAUUUGGUAACGGAAAAAUUGACGUUCAAGAUGGAAAGGCCUUUGUCGAAAGAUGUGCCUCAGAAAGUACUGAUUAUAGGUUCUGGAGGGUUGUCCAUCGGCCAGGCCGGCGAGUUCGACUACUCCGGCUCGCAAGCGAUCAAAGCUCUGAAAGAAGAAAACGUCCAGACUCUCCUGAUAAACCCAAACAUCGCGACAGUGCAAACAACGAAAGGCCUGGCAGACAAAGUCUACUUUCUCCCUCUACUUCCUGGCUACGUAGAACAAGUGAUUCGAUCUGAGAGACCUGACGGAGUCCUGCUAACUUUCGGGGGACAGACGGGGCUCAAUUGCGGAGUGGAGCUCGAGAAACAAGGCGUUUUCAAGAAGUAUAACUGUAAAGUACUUGGGACUCCGAUCCAAGCGAUCAUCGAUACCGAGGAUAGAAAAGUGUUCAAUGAGAGGAUUGCAGACAUUGGAGAAAAGGUGGCGCCAAGUGUAGCGGUCCAUUCUGUACAAGAAGCCUUGAAAGCUGCUGAACAGUUGGGCUACCCCGUGCUAGCUAGAGCAGCGUUCUCAUUGGGCGGCUUGGGUUCAGGUUUCGCUAGCAACAACGAAGAAUUGACGACACUUGCCAUGCAAGCCUUAGCGCAUUCCAGCCAGCUCAUCAUCGAUAAGAGUCUGAAGGGAUGGAAGGAAGUCGAAUAUGAAGUUGUAAGAGACGCUUACGAUAAUUGUAUUACGGUUUGUAACAUGGAAAAUGUCGAUCCCCUUGGAAUCCACACAGGCGAAUCGAUAGUAGUCGCGCCAAGCCAAACUCUUUCCAACCGAGAGUACAACAUGUUGAGAAGCACAGCGAUCAAAGUGAUUCGCCACCUAGGAGUCGUAGGGGAAUGCAACAUUCAGUACGCUCUGAACCCAGAAUCUGAAGAAUACUACAUCAUAGAGGUUAACGCCAGAUUAUCCAGGAGUUCUGCCCUUGCCAGCAAAGCCACUGGAUAUCCUCUCGCUUAUGUGGCUGCCAAAUUGGCUCUUGGGAACCCCCUGCCAAAUAUACAUAAUACUGUGACUGGGGUCACUACUGCGUGUUUCGAACCUAGUUUGGAUUAUUGCGUGGUCAAGAUACCUAGAUGGGAUCUACACAAGUUUUCAAGGGUGAGCACGAAAAUAGGCAGUUCUAUGAAAAGCGUAGGAGAAGUGAUGGCAAUCGGUAGAAAGUUUGAAGAAGCAUUCCAGAAAGCGUUGCGAAUGGUGGACGAGAACGUGAACGGGUUUGAUCCCAACAUAAAGCCUGUCAAUGACGAUGAACUCAAGGAGCCUACUGACAAAAGGAUGUUUGUCCUUGCGGCAGCCAUCAAAAAUGGAUAUUCUGUGGAUAAGUUGUACGAGUUGACUAAGAUAGACAGAUGGUUCUUGCAAAAAAUGAAAAACAUCAUCGACUUCACCACCCAACUAGAACAACUCGACCAGAAAAGCCUGAACCAUUCCGCUUUACUUCACGCCAAACAGCUCGGCUUCUCCGACAAGCAGAUCGCUGCGGCUGUCAAAAGCACAGAGUUGGCCGUGAGAAAACAAAGGGAAGAGUUUCACGUCACCCCGUACGUCAAACAGAUCGACACUGUCGCCGCGGAAUGGCCAGCCGCGACGAAUUAUCUGUAUCUGACUUAUAACGCGGCUAGCCAUGAUGUUGAUUUCAACGAGCAACACACUAUGGUUAUUGGCUCCGGGGUAUAUAGAAUAGGCAGCUCAGUCGAGUUCGACUGGUGCGCUGUCGGUUGCCUCAGGGAGCUCAGGAGACUCGGUCAUAAAACGAUCAUGAUCAACUACAAUCCAGAAACAGUCAGCACUGACUACGACAUGUCGGACAGGUUAUAUUUCGAAGAAAUCUCGUUCGAGGUCGUUAUGGAUAUUUACAAUCUCGAAAACCCUACUGGCAUAAUAUUAUCCAUGGGAGGGCAACUGCCCAACAAUAUAGCCAUUGAUCUGCACAGGCAACAAGCUAGGAUACUUGGUACCUCCCCUGAUUCCAUUGACGGCGCCGAGAAUAGGUUCAAGUUUUCUAGGAUGCUCGACAGGACAGGUAUAAUGCAGCCAAGGUGGAAGGAACUAACCAACCUAAAGUCAGCGAUAGGGUUCUGCGAAGAAGUAGGCUACCCAUGCCUCGUCCGGCCCUCAUACGUUCUAAGCGGGGCUGCUAUGAACGUAGCCCAUUCCAACCAGGACCUGGAAACCUACCUGAACGCGGCUAGUGACGUCAGCAAGGAACAUCCGGUGGUCAUUUCCAAGUUUAUCCAGGAUUCCAAGGAGAUAGACGUCGAUGCCAUUGCUUGCGAUGGGGUCAUUUUGUGCAUGGCUGUCUCGGAGCAUGUUGAGAAUGCAGGGGUACAUUCUGGAGAUGCAACUUUGGUCACUCCUCCACAAGAUAUCAACCCAGAAACGUUAAAGCAAAUCAAGCAGAUAACAAAAUCCAUUGCCGCAUCACUGGAAGUCACCGGACCUUUCAAUAUGCAGUUGAUUGCAAAAGACAACGUUCUCAAGGUCAUAGAGUGCAACGUCCGCGUCUCGAGAUCCUUCCCAUUCGUCUCGAAAACGCUCGACCACGACUUCGUCGCUAUGGCAACGCGUGUCAUCGUCGGCGAGCAUGUCGAACCUGUCGACGUUUGGCACGGAUGUGGAAAAGUGGGGGUAAAAGUCGCACAGUUUUCUUUCUCUCGAUUGGCAGGGGCAGACUUUAUGCUGGGCGUUGAAAUGGCGUCCACUGGAGAGGUCGCCUGCUUUGGAGACAACAGGUACGAAGCGUAUUUGAAAGCCAUGAUGAGCACAGGAUUCAGUAUACCAAGGAAGUCCAUACUUUUGUCUAUAGGCAGCUUCAAGCAUAAAAUGGAACUAUUACCUAGCAUGAGAGCAUUGCAAAAAAUGGGAUAUAAAUUGUACGCCAGUUUAGGUACAGCUGAUUUCUACAAUGAACACGGAGUUGACGUUUCAAAGAGAAGAUAUGAGUCAAAUCAUUCCAAAAGGCAUGACCUACCUACAAACGGCGUCUCCAAAAUACCGUGCAAGACCCUCUGCGCCAAUCUAAGGUACUUCCUCUGUAUAUUGUGGAACAAAUUCUUCUCUUUCACAAAGUAA